UGUGAGGUGUAAGCUCCUGUGAUCAGCACAAUGCUAGAUGGUUUGACCCGGUUGACUUUGCGUUGCAAGGCUGGGUUUGAUGGGGCUACUGGGCAAAGCAUGUACAAGCAAAUUAGUAGUGAGGAAACUGGAGAUGGUAACUUAAAAAAAGAAGAAUCUCUGUUCAUUACCUGCUUAGCACCACUAGAACUCAGUGGGUUCUGUAAUAACAAAAAAUUACUAUUAUGGCGAAAUGAAAAGCCAUCAUCUACUGCAUAUUGUCGUCCAAUAAGAUUUUCUUUUCAAAAUGAAAGCAAAGCAGUUGUUAUUGAAGAAGCAAAAUAUUUAGAAUCUGAAAUCAAAAAAUGUGGUGUUUUUAAUUUUACUUUUAAUGGAAAGGAACUGGUUGUCAAAAGUAUUAUUGAACUGACCAUGAUUGAUGGCAAAAUUCAAACUAUUCUGUCUCAUGUGACUAACUCAACUCAAUGUUGCUCUGUGUGUGGUGUGUCUCCAAAAAACACGAAUAACUUAGAAAUGGUGCUGAAAUUGGACAAUUCUAAUAAUUUAGAAUUGAAAUAUGGUCUUUCUAGCCUGCAUGCCUGGAUUAGGUUUUUUGAGAUGGUAUUGCAUAUUGGAUAUAAACUAGAAACUCAAAAUUGGCAGUCUAGAGCUAUAGAAGAUAAGGAAAAUGUUAUGCAAGUGAAGAAACGUAUACAGACAGAAUUUAUGAACCAAAUGGGACUAGUUGUGGAUUUCCCAAAAAGUGGAGGAUCUGCAAAGAUGGAUGAUAUUGUAACAAGCAGUCUAGAUGGAUUUAAACAUAAUAGUGAUGUUCAUAAAAUAAUUGAUGACGUAUAUGGAAAUUUUGCUGAUCCUAUAUUAAUGGAAACUGAUCUAGAAAAAUUGACUGUAAUAGUUGGUCAUUAUCAGGAGCAGCCUCAUCUUUUGGAUUCAUAUUUAGAAAAUAUUAUAACAAAAUUGUUGGCUCUUAUCAAAGAUGUUCAAACACCUAAAAUUUGCAUGCAUCAAUAUUGUAAAUAUUUGUAUUUAUUUACCAAGGUUAGAGGGUAUAAGCAAUCAUUACGAUAUUUUUCACAUGAAGUUUCAGAUCUAGAAGUUGUUUUAAAAUUGUUAAUUGAUCAAAAUUCAAAUGAUUAUCAAACAUGGGAGACACGCUAUGUUUUGUUGCUAUGGUUAGCAAUUAUUUGUAUUAUCCCAUUUAAUCUUGCAAAGCUUGAUGGUGACUCUAAAGAAAAAAGUGUUGCAAAUAGAAUUUAUGAAGCUGUAAUGCCAUAUUUUAUGACAAUUGACAAAUGCAAAGAUGCUUGUUCUUACCUACUAGCAAAGUUUCUUACUCGCCCAGAUAUGGUUAAUGUAAAGUUGCCUGAAUUCAUGAAUACUUCAUAUGAUCUUUUAAAUUCUGUUAAGUUGGUUUAUGAAAAACCUGACAAUCAUGCAUUAAAUGGAGUCAACCUUCAACAACAGCAUAUUUCAACUUUAGGCACAUUAGCUCUUAUUUUUAAAUAUGGCCGAAGGGAAGAUCUUUUACCUUAUGCAUCAAACCUAUUCAGCUCAUUAGAAAGUUCAAUUGUUUUAAAACAGAGUACAACUCUUAUUCGUAAACUUACUAUAAAAUUAGUUCAGAGAAUUGGGUUGAUAUUUUUGGCACCACGGGUUGUUUCAUGGCGGUAUCAGCGAGGUAGUCGAAUACUUUUGCAUACUUUAUCCACUUCAACACAAGAAAGCAUGAUAAAAUCACAUAAAAGUGAAGAACUCAACGAGGAUUUUGAUUUACCAGAAGAGUUGGAAUCUAUAAUUGACUUAUUAACAAUUGGGUUAAAAGAUAAAGAUACUAUAGUUCGAUGGUGUGCAGCAAAGGGUAUUGGAAGAAUCACUGGGCGAUUACCUCAAGAGUUGGCUGAUGAAGUUGUUGGUUCCCUUUUAGAAUUAUUUAAUUUUGCUGAGUUAGAUUCAGCGUGGCAUGGUGGAUGUUUGGCUCUGGCUGAACUUGGAAGGAGAGGGCUGUUACUUCCAAACAGACUUUCCGAUGUUGUACCCAUAAUUUUAAAGGCAUUGAUGUAUGAUGAAAGAAGAGGUUCCUAUAGUGUUGGUUCACAUGUGCGGGAUGCUGCUUGUUAUGUAUGCUGGUCUUUUGCAAGAGCAUAUGAACCAGAGCAAAUUAGCGCUUAUAUAUUAGAUAUUUCUGCUUCAUUGUUAAUUGUGACAGUUUUUGACAGAGAAGUUAGUUGUCGAAGAGCUGCAUCAGCAGCUUUUCAAGAAAAUGUUGGAAGACAAGGUACAUUCCCACAUGGUAUUGAUAUUGUAACAGCAACAGAUUAUUUUGCAGUGGGGAACUGUACUUAUUGCUAUCAUAAUUUAUGUGUUUAUUUGGCUGGUUUUGAAGAGUAUAAAACAAAGCUAAUUGAUCAUCUUCUAAAAGUAAAAAUAUCUCAUUGGGAUAGUGAAAUACGCAUAUUGACAUCUGUGGCUUUUCAUAACUUAACAGAUGUGGCCCCUCAAUACAUGAUGGACAAAGUUUUACCUUUGUUACUUGUGGAAACUUCUUCGAUUGAUGUUUGCACUAAACAUGGAUCAAUUUUAGCUUUGUCUGAAGUUGUGUAUGCACUAUAUUUGCACUCUAAAAAAAUAGGGACAGAUUUUAUUUUACAGAAUUCUAUUUUGGAAAAAAUUUAUUUAUUGGUGAAUAAUUUGCGUAAAGGCAAUAAGUUCAGAGGUGUUGAUGGAGAACACUUAAGAAAAGCAGUGUGCAAUAUGAUUGAAAAAUUUUCUUACUCUGAAAUCCCUGUGAAUGAAUCAGUAUUAGAUGAUUGGAUAUUUGUAAUUGAAGAUUCAUUGUCGCAUACCUUAGUUGAUGUUCAGAAUGCAGCAUGCAGAGCUCUUCCGCCAUUUUGUUUACAAUACUUGCAGACAAGUAGAUACUCUCAUGAUGAGUUGUUAAAAAAGAUCUGCUUACAAUCACAAUCUUCGAAUAAGUUUGUUCGGAUGGGUUUUACUGACGCAUUAGGAGUCUUACCAAGAUUUAUGCUACUUAAACAAGUUAAUCAAAUUAUGGACUUGCUUAUACAAUCCAGCUUAACUACAAAUAAUAAAGUCAAUGAUGGUGUAUUUGCUGAAGCCAGAGUGAAUUCAGUUAGUGCAAUUGUAAAAAUUUGUAAAACGGUAGGAUUGGUUGAUGUUACAGAUUAUGAACGUUUGUAUGAAUGUUUUUUUUUGGCUCUUCAAGAUUAUACUGUGGAUAGUCGAGGAGAUGUUGGAGCUUGGGUUCGUGAAUCUGCUAUGUCAGCUUUAGUUGACUUUUCUAAUCUUGUUUUAAGUACUGGAUUUUGUAUUUCAAAAGAAAUAUGCAAGAAAAUUAUUUACUAUCUUGUUCAACAGUGUUCAGAAAAAAUUGAUAGAACUCGUGAAUGUGCUGGAAAUGCUCUUGUGAAAUUUGUUUAUUACAGCCCUGGGGAUGUAUACAUUCCAAGUUGUAAAGAAUUUCACGAACUGCUUCCUUUAUCAUUAUGCAGUUCUCUGAACUGGGCAUCACCUUUAGAAGCAUAUGGUGCAAUAUCAAAGUUGCUAAGAAUAAAAGACUACCAGUACCAUGUUCUUCUUGGAUUAUGUGUCAGUGUUGGUGGAAUGACAGAGUCUUUGGUAAGAUAUUCCUCAGAUGGUCUACUUGACUACUUUUCUGAUAUCCAAGACAGUGAGGAUGACACGAAGGCAAUUAUGAACAAUUUACUUCUAAUAAUGGAAAAUAAUAAAAAAAAUGACAGAAUUAUUAUUCCAAUGAUGCGUUUGUUUGAUUUACUUUUAACAUCUGCAUGUUUGGAUGUUUAUAAUGAUGUUGAAAAUAGCAAUGAAUUUCCAUUGCACUUAUUUGAAUUAAUUAAAAAGGAGGUUUCUUGUUCAGCUGAUACAACUAAACUUGUAGCGUCUGUUAAAGUAUUCUGUGGUUUAACACAAUUUGUUGGAAAAGUUCGAAAUAAAUCUCUUCAAAAAAUUUUAUUGCUACUUUGUCACAAGUAUCCGAGGAUUCGUGUAGCCACUGCUGAACAUUUUUUUACAACUUUGAACACUUUUGCAGGUAUUAUACCUGAUGAUGUUGCUAAAGAUGUUAUGAAUUUCUUGAUGGAUACAUCAUGGAGUGGAGAGUUAGAAAGUGUAAGAAAUAUAAGAAACAAUAUAUCAACUUUAAUUAAAAUACCUAUUCCAACUGUUAAGAAACCUAUGUCAGAAACAAAUUCUCAUCGUUUAGUUGAUGAGCUCGACAGUUACAAAGAUCUAGUAACUCGAAUAGGUUUUUAAAUUUUGGUAGUACUUUCGAAUCUGUGUUGCAAUCCAUGCAGUUGAUUUGUGAGAUUUAACUUGCCAUAAUAUUUAUCAAAAUUUUAUUGCUUCAUCUUCAUGAUCUAAUUAGAAAAACAGAAAAAAACUUGAAAAUUAUAAUUAGUACUAUGUUGCUCUUCUAAACUUUAAUGUCGACUCGCUUAUUUUUAAAGUUGACUUCAAAGAUUCUCAAUCUUUUAGAACAAUCAAAAAACUUUGUAAAGAAAAGUUAGUAGUUUUAUUAUGCAAUUGUUACUAUGAAGAAAAAAAGUAAAAAAUUAUAAAUUAUUUUAUUUAUUAAACUUGGAAAAUAUUUUAUAAGCUCUCAAA